GCGGGGUGAGCCCAAGCGAGGAGGAAAGAGGCAGAAACCAGCGGAGACAAAAUAACUUGAAGACUCACCUUUUACCGGGAAAGUUUCAUUGAGCUCUCAAGGAGCGGCGAGCGAAAAAAAAAAAAAAGCAAAAACAAGCAAACCACCCAAAGCGCACAAUCCAUCAAGGUACUGUAGCUGAUUCGUUCAAGUUUUGCUGAAAUUAAACGUUGUGCGCGGUGGAUGUGAGAGGCGUGCAGAGGUUUGACACAGAGCCGGAGGAAUGUAUCCAACUCGGGCAGCAGCGAGCCAUCGUCCGCGGAGAUGUCCGGCGUGCGCUCCGUGGAUCACCCUGCUGCUCCACUGCGUCCUCAACCUGAGCGCCACCGAGUUUGCCCAAGACCCCAGUGUGCUUGCCGCCACAUCAUGGAACGCCUCCAGUGAUGGUCCCUUUUUCAUCCGUCUUGAAGCUCCCAUGAACAACCUAACGACCUCCUUGGCCCAAACAGCGGAGCUUUUCUGCCGUGUGUCCGGCAACCCCCCACCCACAAUCCGCUGGCUGAAGAACGAUGCCCCUGUGGUGCAGGAGCAACGACGGGUCUCCUACAGGUCCAUGCCGUAUGGGUCACGCCUUCGUAUCCGAAAUCUGGACACAACAGACACGGGCUACUUCCAGUGCGUGGCUACCAACACUCAGGGUACCGUGUCCACGACAGGUGUGCUGUAUGUCAAAUUCGAUCCACUUCCUACACUGUUGCCAGGAAGACCGACAGAAGAGUUUGAUGAGGAGGGAUUCUGCCAGCCUUACAGAGGAAUCGCCUGCGCUCGCUUCAUCGGCAACCGCAGCAUCUUUGUUGACUCUUUGCAGAUGCAGGGAGAGAUUGAGACUCAAAUAACAGCUGCCUUCACCAUGAUCGGGACGUCAAACCAUCUGUCAGAUCGUUGCUCUCUGUUUGCCAUCCCCUCCCUCUGCCACUUUGCCUUCCCGACAUGUGACCGCAGCUCUGGCACUGACAAGCCUCGAGACCUCUGUAAGGACGAAUGUGAGAUCCUGGAGAACGAUCUGUGUAAGACAGAGUACAUCAUCGCCCGCUCCAACCCAAUUAUACUGAAGAGACUCAAACUGCCGAACUGUGAGGACCUGGCUGCCUCCGACAGUCCGGAAGCUGCAAACUGCCUGAGGAUCGGGAUCCCGAUGGCCGAGUCCAUUAAUAAGAAUCACAAGUGCUACAACAGCAGCGGAGCAGAGUACAGAGGGACCGUCAGUAUGACCAAGUCGGGGCGUCAGUGUCAGCCGUGGAACUCGCAGUAUCCUCACAGCCACACGUACCUCGCCGUCCGCUACCCAGAGCUCAACGGGGGACACUCGUACUGCCGUAACCCGGGGAACAAACAUGAAGCCCCCUGGUGCUUCACGCUGGACGAGGGCGUCCGGAUGGAGCUGUGCGACAUACCCAUCUGUGAUCACAAGGACAAGUCAGGCGGAGGCAACAUGGAGAUUUUGUACAUUCUGGUGCCCAGUGUGGCCAUACCCUUGGCUAUCGUACUGCUUUUUCUCUUCAUUUGUGUGUGCCGCAACAACCAGAAGUCUCCCAGGCCUCCUGCACCGCGCCAGCCCAAACCAGUCCGAGGACAAAACGUCGAGAUGUCGAUGAUCACCACUGUGUACAAGCCCAAGAGUAAGGCCAAGGAGCUUCCCUUGUCAGCUGUCCGUUUCAUGGAGGAGCUUGGAGAGUGCAAUUUAGGGAAGAUCUAUAAGGGUCACCUGUACCUACCAGGCAUGGACCAGACACAGCUUGUGGCCAUAAAAACUCUGAAGGAUGUUUCCAGUGCUCAGCAGUGGGGUGAUUUUCAACAGGAAGCAGCAGUGCUGACUGAGCUGCAGCACCCCAAUGUGGUGUGCUUGUUGGGUGUGGUCACCCAGGAGCAGCCGGUCUGUAUGCUGUUUGAGUUCCUGCCUCAGGGCGACCUUCACGAGUUCCUCAUCAUGCGAUCCCCGCAUUCAGACGUGGGCUGCAGCAGUGAUGAAGAUGGAACGGUGAAAUCCAGCCUGGAUCACGGUGACUUUCUGCACAUGGCCAUGCAGGUGGCUGCUGGGAUGGAGUACUUGGCCAGUCAUUUCUACAUCCAUAAAGACCUCGCAGCUCGGAACAUUUUAGUCGGCGAACAGCUCCACGUAAAGAUUUCUGACCUGGGCCUGUCCAGAGAGAUCUACUCCUCGGACUACUACUGCAUCCAACCUAAAACGUUGCUGCCCAUUCGCUGGAUGCCCCCUGAGGCUAUCUCCUAUGGAAAGUUCACCACAGAUUCGGACAUCUGGUCUUUUGGGGUGGUGCUGUGGGAGAUCUUCAGCUAUGGCCUGCAGCCGUACUACGGAUUCUCCAAUCAAGAAGUGAUGGAGAUGGUGAGAAAGAGGCAGCUUCUGCCCUGCCCCGAGGACUGCCCCCCAAGGUUUUAUGGUUUGAUGACUGAAUGCUGGCAGGAGGGACCAGCACGCAGACCACGCUUCAAGGACAUCCACACCCGCCUGAGAGCUUGGGAGGGUCUCUCCUCACAUGCCAGCUCCAGUACGCCCUCUGGUGGAGGAGGCAACGCCACCACACAAACCACCUCACUCAGUGCCAGCCCUGUCAGCAACCUCAGCAACCCCCGGUACGCUGCAGCCGCCGCCGCUGCGGGGUACCUCUACCCGGCCCAGGCCAUCCCCACACCAGGGCAGAUGGCACCGAUUCCAGCCUGGACACCUCUGGCUGUUCCCCAGACCCACCAGCGCUUCAUCCCAGUCAAUGGAUACCCCAUCCCAACAGGUUACACAGCUUUUCCAGCUCACUUUGCGCCCCCGGCUCCACCCACCAGGGUGAUCCAGCACCACCUACCCCCUCCUAAAAGCCGCUCACCCAGCAGUGCCAGCGGCUCCACCAGCACGGGUCAUGUGAGCGGAGUGCCCUCCACCACAGGCUCCAACCACGAUGCCAAUACUCCUUUGCUAUCCCACUGCAUCAUGCCGGGAAGUGGAGGUGGGCAGGCUCAGGUGUACGGACAAGUUUCCCAGAAGGGGGUGGGCCAGCUGGACCACCUGUCACAAACAUCAGCGCUGCUCACUCCUGACUCUGACGUACUGAUGUACAACGACUCGGUCAUCACUGCAGACCUGUAGAGAAAAGCAGGAAGACUCACUCGCUUUCUGCUCAGGACCCAGAUAUGAGAAGUUUAGUGUUUCACCCAGGAAUCCAGUAUCACAAGUCUACUGCGAGACCCAAGAGAAACCGGCCUCCACACACACCUGUGUGAACAAGAAACACUGCUGCAGCUACUUGAGUAUCUGAACAGCUGACUGACUUUGUAAUGCCUUACUGUUUAAAGCAAGUGUACUUGCUCUCAUGGUCUGAAGAUGUUUUGUUGUAAUUUCAACUUUUGUAAAUACGGUACAUCAGUCCUGAAUGAAUGAGUGAAAUGCAAAGAUAUAUAUUCAGAAGAACCUUUAUUUAGGUGAAGCAUAGCAAGUCCAUCCUAUGUCCGAUGACGAGAAGUUCCUGUGCCGACGACUCAAUGACUCACACUGUUUCAUGCAGGAUGUCGGAGACACAUGAUGACCUUUUGGUCCUUUAGGCGGUUCUGUGACUUGCUUACCGAUGAACAUAUCAACACAACAAAAGGCCAGGAGAGUGAGAAUGAGGACAGCCGAUCACUUCUAUUGGCAAGCUCCACACUGACCACCGGUGGGCAACAGUCUGCAACGUUUGCAGGUGAUACUUUCUGCUCUUGGGACUCGGAUACUAAACAGGAGUGUUUCAGUGCCAUGCGUCGCAACUAAUGAAGCAGUUGGUAAAUGAUCUUGUCAAGGUACUUAGAUCGGAGGAGUGCAUGUUAUUUUUUCAAAAUCCCUUGUUAAAUGACAACUGAAUGUUUUUCUUUUCACCUGCAACCUCUUCAUUACUCUUGGGAGGUGCACACAUGACGUUUCAGCAGGCCACAUUGUUCAGAAGUCCAUGCUGAGAAAGCAAAUGAAGCCAAUGUGUUUUUUUGUGAUCAUUUCUUUUUAUUUCUGCUUUUAAUUUUUAUUAUUUUCUAAGAAGUAUAGCAUCCAAUUUGAAAGCUCACUGCAGAUAAGCCCCAACAGUUUAUUGCAGAAUGGUCAUUCAUGUCCCCCCACACCAUCCACCGCUAAAAUAGACAGUCUCAGGGUCAACACUUCAUCACCACAAGUUCCAGUAGUUCCUGCUUAUGAAUUCCAAAAUAUUGAUCUCAUUUCUCACACAAGUUGUUUUGAUGUUGUUUAUCUUAUGGGGGGUUUUUUUUUCUAAUUGUAUUGAGUGGAUGCAGUGUUUGAUUUUGAAGCAAGGAUCUAAAGUUUUUUGUUCGGAGACCAUGUAUUCAUGUUCUUUCUUUGCAUCUAUUCAGUACAAAAAGCUACAAUGGAAAACACAAUAUUAUCAGUAAAAUCAAUAGUCUCACUCAUGUACAACGGCACAAAACAUAUAAGUUAACCAUUCUUAAUUGUGCAGCAGUAGUACUUGAAAAGACCAUUGUUUUACUCCAGAUAAGCACUUGUUUCACUUGCUGGUUUCAGAUUGAUUGAAACACUUUGGUUUCACUUGGUUUUUUCACAGUAAAUGGAAACGUCUUUCCUGAACACACAGUGAACACUUGUAAGAGAUUCAAAUCAAAAACCUGGCAAGCAGCACAGGUUUUUAAAGAGAAAUGGAUCUUGGAUAUUAUCGAUAACAAUAUUUUCAGGUUUGUCUGUCUUCUUUUGGGUGUCGUUUCAGCUGUGAUUGUAUUCCAGCGUGUCGCGUACUGAGCAGGAGAUAAACAGUGUAAUUUAAGGUGCCUGCACUCCAGGGUCAAUUUGUGAAAUGAAGAAAGAUGAAUGUUUCUGGGUAACUUUCAGUUCAGCAGUCAUGUGCCUUAGCAAUGGGACAUUAAUUCUGUUUCAGAGGCAAAAUAUGAAAACAGCUGGGUUUUUUUGUUUAGUUUUUUUAAGUUUUGAAUAUUUAUUAUCCUCCCCUGACUGAGAAUCAGACAAUCAUCAGUUUCUAUGUCUUCCUGAUAGUAUAUGUUCAACUGCACUGUUGUUUACAGACUUUUGAGCUAUUAAUCAGCUGAAUUUGAAACACAAACAAAAAUUUAGUCCAUCCAAAUUAUUCUGGAUGUGCAGCACGACUGUAUAUUUUGAAUGGUAAUGUUCUAGGUUGAUAUUUGUGCAGUGUAGAAUCAGAGGCUGUAGCUUGUCUAUUAUCUGGUGCCACCACAUUAAAACAGCAAUGCAGGCUACCUGAGAAUGGAAGCAAAUCCACCCGAUGAAGCGCAUUCUUUAGCCCAGAUAAAUGUCCACACGUUGAAUAUGGUUGACUUGUCUGUUGGUAAUAAUCUAGAGAUUCCUCCAGGGUGUCUUCCGCCUAUCUCCCCGCGUUGGCUGGGACAGACUGCAGCUACCCGCCAUUAUAGUCUGGAUAAAGCGGGUUUAGAAAAUGGAUGGAUGUCAAAUGUUAAUAUGAAGGGGUUGGUCUUUUUUUUCCAUUUCUUGCUGUGGAUUUGUUGCUUCUGUCAAAUCCAGGUAUUUAAAGCAUUUUAGGUCGAUUUUCCCAUUGAGUUUUUCUUCACAAUUAUAUUUUUUGUCUGUGGCUAAAAUUUUUCUUUCCUUUCUUAACCAGACUGAGCUACCUAGGCAUCUUGAGUUUGUGGCCUAUACAUGUAAAGAACGUAUGAGUACUAAUAUAGCUGUGCAACAAACCACUCGUACACAAGACUGUGAAUCUUGAUCAAGGUUUUUAUUAUAUUUGGCAAAAACAAAAGUUAUUGUUAUGCAUUUUUGUUUUAACCUAGUUCUUUUUUCUUUUUUAAAAAAGCAGCAUACAAGAACAUUUGUAUUUUUAAUAACAAUGUACCCAUUACAGAAGGUUUAGGUGCAUAAUGACCAAGAGAGGCCUUGUCUUUGUAUUUUGUCUGAACCUUUUUGCACAGAUAUUUUGUAAUGCAAAAUCAUUUAUUAAAUGAUGUUGUUUGGAUAAUGUCAUCACUUCAUCUUCACUUGUUUUCAUGCAUUUUG